AUGAGCUCAGCUCUAGAUCUUGAUGGCUCUUCCAAGGGCACCGUGCUCAACGGCCCUUGCGACUGGAAACAAUGGAUUUCUAUCAUCAAGAAAUUCGCCACGUCCCACAGUCUUUGGGACUUUCUGGACCCUGCCGUCAAGGAGGGUAAGCCGGUUCUUCAGCAGCCAGUUGAACCAACAUUCCGACAAAUCAACCACGAAGCAUCUGAUCUCGUGGAUCUGACCUCGGAGGAAUUUCGCCGUCUCGAAUUCCUCCACACCCAAUACCGCUCGAAGCUUCAAGGGUAUAGGGAUCAAGUGAAGGCACUCGCCAGCCUUCAACAACACAUCGUCAAGACCAUCGGCAACUACUACAGCACCAUUGCCGAGGAACACGACGUUGCAAAGCAACUUGCCUUGCUUCAGGCUCGGCUUCCUGAUGUCCAGGACCUUCGCCCUACCCAAGAUUUCCUACAGGCUGUUUCGUCCAUCAACGCCCCAUUCACAGACUAUUGGGUCAACAAAAUGGAAGACGAGGCCGUAUUCGGCAAGCCUGAUUGGAAGACGGACUUCCCGGACGGCAUUAAGAUCACAAAGGAUCAUUCGGAGCUGCCUUCCAAGGCAAGAGAAAUCGGAGAGGAAGAGGACAAGCCUAAGUGGUCUUCAAGCAAGAACGCUGAUGGUGUUCCUAUGUGUGUCUGCGGAGAAUAUCACCGCUUCGUAGAUUGCUUCUAUCUCAUCAAAUCAGCUCGGCCUGAUGGCUGGACUCCUGAUCAGAAGGUUGAGAAGAAGAUCAAGAAAUCCUCGACUCCAAUCCAUGGGCAAAGAAGAUGA